UAUUUUUAGAAGGUGAAGAAUAGAAGGUGAAGAAAUCGCAACGAAUUAUGAACACAGAGCACAGAUCAACACUUAAGAGAUAAUUGAAACUCGACUCCACUUAUGACAAAAAAGUCUCUAUUUUUCUUCACUGAAUUUGUGUUUAAAAUUAUCAAUCAAAAUUAAGUGUGUUUGAGGCGAAUGUUAUUACAAUUUCAAGAGUGAAARAUGGUGCUUUUYACGAACAAAGAUGKUUCUCCAAGUCUAACCGAUGACCAAGAUUUCUACACCGCGGCAAUUUACACUMUUUUCGUUCUGUCAUUGUUAAUAGCUUUACAAAAUAUCCUUGUGAUUGUAAGCGUUUCAUGYUUUAUGCCUAAAAACUACUCGUUCUCAGCGUUUAUUUGCUCRGCUUCARUCACCGAAGUUCUACGACUGUUUGGACCAGUGUCACUUUCUCUGCAUAUUUAUAUAACGAAGCAUCGUGGCGCAAGUGGAUUUGAACAAGAUGCGGCCGUCCUUUGUAAAGCGCAAAGUUGGCUAAUAACCUUCUUACGAAUGUCUUCAUCGMUGUCAAUCCUUUUGCUAUCAAUAGACAGAACUAUUUCACUUGGAACUCAGAAUUUUUACCAGAAAAAAUGGAGAGGUUGGUAUCUUGUGGUGGUCGUCUCCGCGUGUUGGAUACUAUCUGCAUUUUUUGCCUCUUGGCCAAUGUUGUUCGGGMUGAGCGAGUCAAAACCACUUCACUUCUCCACACGAAUUUAUUGUUUAUUCACAACAAACAGUCUCUACAGCUUGAUAUUUGCUUCCAUUCAGUUCCUUUGCAUUUYAACAAGUGCUGGAUGCAUGUUUUAUGCAACGAAUUCUUCUAAACAAUCUCUAUUCCGAGCAUCAUAUUCAAGUUCCACAGGAAAAAUAGCGGUGCAGAAGACGAGGCAUCUUGUCCACGAACAGUAUCAUCAAAAAGUGUCAAAAAUGGCUGCAUUAGUAGUUGGGGUUUAUAGUAUUAGUUUGCUGCCAUGGCUGAUCGCCUUGUUCCUGGACUACUUCUCAAUCCCUUAUCCACAAAUCUACGGCCUUCUCUCACUUCAACUCCCUAUGAUCAGCGGUCUUUGUAGUCCUAUUAUAUAUGGCGUGAUAUGGCCGCCGUUUAGAAGGGCUUACGAGAGGGCAUUAGCAGCUCCAUUGCGCAUGUGCAGGAAACAAUCUAGCCACAGAUCAUGUAAUUUAGAAGAUUCGCAUCGCAGCUACAACUUCUGGACAAUCGAUAGGAUGAACGCUGACCAGCAUGUCUCGACRAUGAACAGAUUAUUUGAUUCCAGUACUCACUCAAACGAACCAAUCGACUUAAUGCCUCAAGAACUGCGCAUGUUUGAAAAUKAYGGUUUGACCGCUGACUCCAUAAGUAUCGAUGUGAGUCUGCAUAAUCUCAACGACAUGUCCUCAUUCAAAGGUACUACCGAGUCUGUWGCUACGACAACAACGGUUUUAGAUGUAAGUGCACAGUUUCAAAGUAUUCUGGAUCUCAUUGAAGAGAUGACAGAYGGUAAAACAAAAGCRAGCUUUUCUACAAGUCAGACAUCUUUGAAGCGAUCUCGAAGUAAAUCUUCAGGUUCUAAUGCCAGCAGUAUUGAGAGGUCAGCGGUAAAAUACAAAGGACAUGCAUCAAUUAGCAAGAGAAAUGAUUUUUCUGUCAAUAGUGUUAGUGAUAGAUCAGCGGUUAGAUUUAAAGCGCAUGCACAAAGUGAGAAUAGCGACAGCAGUAGUGAUAGGUCAGUGGUUAAAUUUAAAGAGCAUGCACCAAAUGGAAGCAAAAUCAGGGAGUCUAGUGUCGACAAUAUUGAUAAGUCAGUUAUCAAACGCAAGAGACAUGCGCUAAAUGGACGUAUGACYCGAAAUGAUAGUUUUAACAGUAUUGAUAGGUCAGCAGUAAAAYACAAGGGACAUGCGCAAAAUGGAGGUAUACUCAAACGUUAUAGUUUGAACAGCAUUGAUGAGUUAGAAGUCAAUUCACACGCGCCAAAUAGAAGCAUUGGUUCUUGUUCUGACAGUAUCGACCGGUCAGUGGUGAAACAUAAAGCAAAUGCACCAAACAUGAAGAUGAAUGAUUCCAGCGACAGCAUUAUURAAAGGUCAGCGGCUAAAACUGUUGCACAUGCACCUACUCCUGGACUAGCCAAUGGGGAUAACGUCUCAAUUACCAUGACCGAAGAUGAAGAUAAUGCGAAUUCGUGCAUCGAUUCCCGUGUUUCUAACUGUACCUGUAUGGGUAAAUCCAAAUGCUACAAAGUUGAUAAACGAUAUCUAGACUACUUAUUUAAUGAAGAAAUCCAUAUUGCUCAGGGAAGUGACGGUGUGAUCUAUAUUGAUGUAUAGUUCAUACAUGCUAAAGAUGUCGAAAGACKACAAUAGUCUGCAAGUAGAAUCGAUGAUAGAAAAUCGAAUGGUAAACAGRCAGAUUUGGUGCAUGACAAGAUUGAAAUAUAUGUUGGCGCUUGACUUUAGAGGGCUGUAUAUAGMAUUUAAACUAUUMAAGGACGUAGCGUGGUCAUUUUGGCAAAUGUAUGACCUCSAAAUCUCGGCAAAAAUAAAAGUGUUUUCAUUGACUUGUAUGUUUUMCGGCAAUGAGAAAAAGCCAGUUCAAUUAUAAUUAUYAUCCCUGAAUAGAGCUGUUUAUGUUUAAAGUUGUAAUUAAAUAAAGAUGCCCAAAAUAUCA